AUGGCCCACCCUCAGAUACCGGAGUCCCCCGUCACACGACCUAUCUAUAAGGUCUACAAACGUCGAUUUUGGGGUCUUGCACAGCUGGUUCUUCUCAAUAUCGUGGUCAGUUGGGAUUGGUUGACCUUCUCAUCCAUCUCGAGUACGGCAGCCGAGUACUUUCGAGUCUCUGAGAGCGCAAUCAAUUGGUUGAGUACCGGUUACCUCUUCGCAUUUUGUAUUGCCAGUCCAUUCGUCAUCUGGGUUUUGAACAAAGGUGGCCCCAAGCACGCUAUCGUUAUCACUUCAACUCUUCUCCUCAUUGGAAACUGGCUGCGCUAUGCUGGUACCAGGGCUGAUGGUGGUAUCUUUGGGCUCGCCAUGUUCGGUCAAAUCUUGAUCGGCCUGGCGCAGCCCUUCUGCUUAUGUGCGCCCACCCGAUAUAGCGACCUUUGGUUCACGGAUAAAGGGCGCACAAGUGCUACCGCUAUUGCCAGCUUGGCGAACCCGCUGGGUGCGGCGUUGGGACAGUUGAUUGAUUCAGAGUGGGUGACAAAACCUUCGGACAUUCCGAAUAUGGUUUUGUACAUAUCUGUCAUUUCAACCGUCGCAGCCCUCCCAUCUUUUUUCCUUCCUGCGGCACCCCCGACGCCGCCCAGCGCAUCAUCUGCCAUUCCUCGCACACCCCUGAUCCCGGCCAUACGACAGUUACUUAGUACAGUAGAGUUCUGGCUCAUCCUCGUCCCGUUCUCUGUAUAUGUCGGAUUUUUCAACAGUGUCUCCUCGCUGCUGAACCAAAUCCUUGAACCCUAUGGCUUCUCCGAAGAUGAUGCCGGCAUCGCAGGUGCCAUCCUGAUCUUCGUUGGCUUGUUAGUGGCAGCCGUGGUAUCACCACUCACAGACCGAUUCAAACACUAUCUUGGCUCAAUCCGCAUCUUGGUCCCCAUCAUAGUACUCUCAUAUAUCGGACUGAUCUUCGCCCCGUCCAGCACCGCAGGCAUUGCACCAUCAUACGUUGUCAUGGCGUUAAUGGGCGCUUCCUCAUUUUCAUUGCUUCCUGUCGUACUGGAAUUUCUGGUUGAGAUCACGUAUCCGUUCUCUCCAGAGAUCGGGAGUACCAUUUGUUGGACGGGUGGACAGUUGCUUGGGGCGUGUUUCAUUCUCAUCCAAGAUGCACUCAAGGCUAGCGAGAAUGCUAGCCCACCAUAUAACAUGCGAAACGCAUCGAUCUUUGCGUGUGUUGUAUGUGCUGUUGCUGCGCCACUGCCCUUGUCUCUUGGGCUAUUUGGAAGAACUGUUGCACAGCGGAGGUUGCAGAUUGAUCGUGGAAUUGAACCGGGGUCAGUAUCGCCAGAUCCCCCGCCACCCGAGAAGAAGGACGAAGAUGGACUGAGCCAGGAUCUCCCCCAGCAGAUAUCAGCUACUAAGUUAGACGACAUUGUCAAGAUUGCAUAA